CCUUUCGCCACUCUUGUAGGCCGAGGGAUCCUGUUAAAUCAGAUGCAGUUAUCCUCAUAGCAUAAAGUAGUCUGGUAGGUCUCAUGUCAUUCAGAUAAAAUUCAAGCUUUUCACUUUACCAAUUCCCAAGGCUUUGCUCUUUUGUGUUCUUCAAUUACACUUUCCAGCCAGUUGAGCAUGGCCAGACUCUACCCUUUAAAUCCAUCCUUUGCAUUUGCUAAUAACUCUGAUACGUUCUUUGUAACCUUUCUAAUGCCUGAAUCCUCAUCCUCUUGGUCUCAGCUCAGAGGUUUUCUUUGACCCCCCCCCCCCAGCUUAAGGAACCUUCUUCCCAUUCCCUCAGCUGCAGCACCAAGGAUAAUUUCCUUGCACUGCUUUUUCAUAUUUGGGAAACAUAUUGCCUUAACUCUUUAUCCAUGGUUUAGCCUUCUCAUUAGAGCAUCUGUGCCUAUGAAACUUUUGCUCACUGAUAUGUCUCCAGUGCCUAGAGCAUGUUGCUUACAUACAAGGCACUCUGGAUAUGUGAUGAAUGACAACUGUAGUUUGAGCUGAGGCUGGAAGAUAAGAACCAAGUCACCAAGGCAUUCAGCAGACUCCCCAGACAAUGGAAUCAGCCUGGAGUGUGGGGUAGUGCUGGUGGUGAUGGAGGAAAGUCCACCAGCAGUCUGAGGGUGGUGGAGGCAGGACAUAAAGGGCUGUGAAGGUCCUGGAUCACCCACAGCAGAGUUGCAGUAGGAGUGGGACUGAAUCUGAUGAGGCCCAUAAAUGGACUCCAGGACUUGGUGACUGUCAGUUUAGAAGAUGUGAAAGGAGACGCCACCCCGUGACCCUGUGACUCCGCGAUGCCAGCCCCAACCUGUGCCUCCUGCCACACAGCGCGUGCUGCUCUCCGCCGCCCGCGCUCAGGACAAGCACUGUGCGGCCCCUGCUUCUGCACCGCCUUUGAGGCCGAGGUGCUGCACACGGUGGUCGCGGGCCGCCUGCUGCCACCUGGCGCUGUGGUGGCUGUGGGCGCCUCAGGAGGCAAGGACUCCACGGUGCUGGCGCACGUGCUGCGGGAGCUGGCGCCGCGCCUGGGCCUCACGCUGCGCCUCGUGGCCGUGGACGAGGGCAUCGGCGGCUACCGGGACGCGGCGCUGGCAGCCGUGCGGCGCCAGGCGGAGCGCUGGGGCCUGCCGCUGACCAUCGUGGCCUACGAGGACCUCUUUGGGGGCUGGACGAUGGACGCCGUGGCCCGCAGCACGGCUGGCACUGGCCGUGGCCGCUCCUGCUGCACCUUCUGCGGAGUGCUGCGGCGCCGAGCGCUGGAGGAGGGGGCGCGCCUAGUGGGAGCCACGCACGUGGUGACGGGCCACAAUGCCGACGACGUGGCUGAGACGGUGCUCAUGAACUUCCUGCGUGGAGAUGCGGCGCGGCUGGCCCGGGGCGGGGGCCUGGGCUCAGCGGGUGAGGGGGGCGCACUUCCGCGCUGCCGCCCGCUGCAGUUCGCAUCGCAGAAGGAGGUGGUGCUGUACGCGCACUUCCGCCGCCUGGACUACUUCUCCGAGGAGUGCGUGUACGCGCCUCGGGCCUUCCGGGGCCACGCGCGCGAGCUGCUCAAGCGCCUGGAGGCAGUGCGGCCCACAGCAGCACUGGACCUGGUGCACUCCGCUGAGCGCCUGGCGCUGGCCCCGGCCGUGCGUCCACCACGGCCCGGCGCCUGCUCCCGCUGCGGGGCGCUGGCCAGCCGUGCACUCUGCCAGGCCUGCGCGCUGCUGGACGGCCUGGCCCGUGGCCGGCCCCGCCUGGCUAUUGGUGAGCACAAGCACGAGCCCAGGGAUGAAGGGCCACGAAGCCGCGCCCAGGCCGCGGCUGCUGCCUUCUAAGACUCGAGGCCCAGCGUCCCGACAAGGAGAGAACUAGGCUGCCUUGCCUGGCAUCUUGCAGGGACAGCAUCGUGCGACCUGAGCCCACCAGAGCGGCUGCCUGCUGAGGGGCCCGGGCCAUGUGAGCACUGUGAGCCCGGUGAUCCCUGCUUGCAGUGCUGUCCCAGUCACCGAUGGGGCCGGCAUGGGGCCUCCAAGGUCGCUGUCCGCUAUCUCCCUGCCUGACCCGGCUCCAGCUCCAGCUCCCACUCCAGUCCCAUCCGGGCUUCUGCCCCGCACUGCCCCUCAUCCCUCUCCACCUGUGUGUGUGGCAGCCUGGGCCUCCUGGCUGAGCUAGGCCUUCCCACCUGGCUCCAGGCUCCCCCUUCCCCAUCUUGCCCUCACCUCUCCCCACCCAACUGCCCGGUGUCUCUGUCCUGGACAGUGGGGCUGGUGGGCGCCCAGGCUUUGGGCUUCGGAGACAGAGGCGGACAGGCCUGGGCUGGUGACCAAAGGUUUCGAUCUUCCACGUUCCUUGAAAAUAAACUCAAACCCUGCAUCCCGGCUCCCUUGGGAGGAUUGAGGUGCUGAAUAAACAGCGAUCCAGCCGGCCGUGCACGCGAAGGUCUGGCCGCCAGAGGGCUCUUGGUCGGAGGGUUGCGGUCCAGCGGUCUGGAAGGCGAGACUGCGCAACUUCCUGCCUGACUCCUGGAGAGAGCUCGGUGAUGGGGGCCCCUCUGCAGGGUUUGCCGCGCUGGCCCCCUGACCACGAGUGCCCUUGCUUUCCCAUCUCCCUGGACUCUGGGGGCCUUCUGGAAGGAAGCUUUCCUCGAUGCUGACCUCGUGCCCCAUCCAGCCCUUGGUGGAGGGCUCUCCUGGCCCACAGCCCUUUGGCCUGGUUUGACUGCGUGACCAUCAGACACUUUUCAGUGUUGUUCCAUUCAGUUGUGCUGGGGGCUGAUCAGACUCCUGGACACCUGUGGAGGAUGAUGAGGAAUAAAUAAAAGGCAGAAACGA